AGAGCUUACUAUUUUUAUCGGUAUUUGCUAUUUGCCAAUAAUAACAACAAUUAGGCGCGGCGCGUUUUUGCUUCAAACUGCAACUCUCUCCUCAGCUCGAUAUAUAUGUUUUUUCCUUUUCUACCUUUCCCUUUUUAAUAUUGUAGUAGGGCUUCCCUUCUUUACCUACCUUCAAACAUCCGGAGGAGACGUUCAGUCAGCCGGCCCUCGACAGGUGAGAAGAAAUGGACAGCUUACGCCAGGAGAAAGUACAGAAAUUCGAAGAAUUUGUCGAUCGCCGCCUUAAACCUGAUCUUGUUCAUGCUAUUGCUGAACGCGACAAAAUCUUUGACCAGCAAAAAAUUUUCUCUGAUUUGCGGAAGAACAUAGAAAAUUUAGAGAAAAACAGUGUAACUAGUCUUCGGACCUUGGUUAAUCUCGGGUCUGAAGUGUACAUGCAAGCAGAAGUGCCAGAUACCCAACGUAUAUUUGUGGAUGUCGGACUCGGGUUUCAUGUGGAGUUCACCUGGUCAGAAGCAUUAAAGUUUAUCUCAUUGAGGGAGGAAAAACUGGAAAGGCAAAUAGAAGAGUAUACUCGCUUAAUUGCAUCAAUCAAAGCACAAAUUAAAUUGGUUUGUGAAGGAAUUCGAGAGUUGCUUCAGAUCCCAGAAGAGAAAACCGUAGAAGGGCGCGUUUUUUAGCGUUUACAACAAGUAUACCUAUGACUUCUGUUACUUGGCCUUAUGACUAACAUUGUUUGUGAGAGAUGAUGAAAUAGAGCACAAUCAAAUGGAACUUUUCUCACUUGAUCCCAUUUUGCACUGCUGCUACCUUUGCAAUGGGAAUUUCAUUAUUAAAAAAAAAAAUAGCGAAGGAAUAGAAUGUGAUGAUUUUGAUAAAGGUUAAAAUAUGCUACAAGAAAUAUUACUCCUCUUACAUUUGGAAUUUAAUUUAUGUACUUUUAUUUUUAUGAAUUUAGACUUUUACUUUAUAAAUUUUAAAAUUCAGGUUCUAAUGUAAA